AUGGAGAAAAUCCCUUAUGCAUCUGCAGGUCGGUUUAUGUAUGCUCAGGUCUGUAUAAGGCCUAACAUUGCCUUUGCAAUGGGAGUCUUAGGAAGAUUCCAAAAGAAUCCAGAUUCAGAUUAUACUGGAUGUGAAGAUACAAGGAGAUCUACAUCAGCAUACAUGUUUUUACUGGCUAGAGGAGCAGCAUCCUGGAGAAGCAUAAAGCAACCAAAGACUGCUUCAUCUACUAUGGAAGCUGAAGUGGUAGCAUGCUAUGAGGCUAUCUCUCAAGCAUCAUGGUUAAGUCGAUGCACACACAUUGAGAUCAAGUAUUUUGUCAUAAAGGAAGAUGUUCGGGAUCACAAGGUUUUGAUCAAACAUAUAGAUACCAAUGGUAACAUUGCUGACCCAUUUACCAAAGGGCUUGCACCUAAGGUUUUUGUAGAUCAUGUAAGGAAUAAGGUGUAG